GUUAAGCUCAGUCAGCCAGCCAGCCAUCCCAUCUCAUAGCAGCUAAAGGUUGAGGAGUUUGGUCUUUGGUCAACAAAAUCAAAAUACUUCGCUUGAUCGCGAUAGUUGUUGCAGGUUGUCUCAACCUUUUAUAAAAAAUCGAAGCUGUUUCGUUAUUCACGUGUUAUUCGUUAGUUAUAAACAAGAAUGAGUGACGAUGACCGUGAUAUCGACAUCGAGAGUGAUGAAGGUGAUGAUUCCGAUUCAAGACAGCGCCAUUCGAAUAAUACCCAAUAUUAUUCUCAGGCUGAAAAAAGGGCUCACCACAAUGCAUUGGAAAGGAAGCGAAGGGACCACAUCAAAGAUAGCUUUUCCAGUCUGAGAGAUACCGUUCCAGCGCUACAAGGUGAAAAAGUAGCAAGCAGAGCGCAGAUACUUAAAAAAGCAGCAGAAUACAUACAGUUCAUGCGGCGCAAAAAUUCGUCGCAUCAACAAGAUAUUGACGAUCUUAAGAGGCAAAAUAGUUUACUCGAAUCACAAAUUCGUACAUUGGAGAAAGCCAAGAUCACUGGAAACUUUGCAGCUGAAUCGUGCGAAGUUUCCAAGUCGGACUCAGCAGGGAUUGGCGGCUACAAUGACUCGGAGUCUGAGUCUUCUGACAGUGAGACAGGCCGAGCGAUACGUCAUCCAAAGAAAUUGAAAAUAGCGGGACUUCAUCACUGACCCGAGCAUUCUCCCCUCCCUCCCAUUUCUCAAAAAACCACAGCUCGCUUUCGCAUUACAAUCUAAUCGAAUCUUUAUUUUGUAAAGAAAAACAAACAAACAAAAUACUAAGAAAAAUCGCAAGAACAAAACAAUUCAUAAAUGAAAAAACCGGAAGAAAAAAAACACAAUCAACUUGUUGUAAUUAUGAAUAAUUAUAUAAGUGUAUUAUGUAAACAUAUUGUAAAGUAGGUACUUAUUUAAGAGAAUAAAUAUUAGUCUGUUCGUACACAACAGAUAAAAAUGAAUUUAGUUUAUCAUCUAGAUAUGCGCAAUGCUUUGUUUCUCAUUCUAUUGUUAUUUCUUUAAACUUAUUUACGAGUGUUUUCUCACUAUAUUCUUCGACUUGUAGAUGUAAUGUUAUUUUUUCGUUUUCACUUUCCAUCUAAAUGGUCGAUCGUUGCUCGUAGAUUAUGCGUUGAAAUCCCCUGCAGUCAAUUUGUAUAUAGGGCUUAUAUCAGGGUGUUGUUAAUUAUUAUUUUCGACUGGUAAGCACUCGCAACAAUAUACAAAUAACAAAAUUUUGUUCCUCUAUUUUUCUUUAACAAAAAUUAGACAUGGUUUUUGAAGAAAAAAAAUUCUACCGCCAAACAAAUUCUGCAACUAUCAACAAAAAAAAUAUUUUUAAGGCAAAUUUGCAAAUAAAAGAUUUAGCAAAUUUAUGUGAAAGUAUGAACAGUGAAAUUACAAUUAUAAUUAGUACGGAACUUUGUGUUAAUUUGACUCAUCAUUGUCUGUACUUAUGAUUGAUUCAAAAGGCAAAUUGUUAUUCAUCCAAAACAAAUUGAUUGAAUAUACUCAUAAAAAAAAUGUGUAAAUGAUUUGUGGUCUUUUUCCAUUUCAAUAAAUUACUGAUCACUCCUCCGUA